UGAUGUGUUCAUCUGCAUUUUCGGACUAGUCUAACGCAUGGUCUUUUUACAUUUUAGGUUUCCUAAUGGUUAUACCUAUGGUGAAGAAGAAGCUCUACCAGUGUCGGGAAUCAGUUCAACAAGUUUCACACCCAAGCUGAUUCCAGAGCUUUAUCAUAAGGUACCCAUUGUGUUUGGCAAGUUUGGCAUGGACUCGUUCGACUUUGGUGAACACAACCCCACCAGUUUUUGUGGUCUCCAAGGCUGUCUGCCUAAUGCCUAUUGCAACGCCAUGAUCCAGGCCCUUUAUUACCAGGAAGGCCUUCAUCAAGUGGUCCUCGGCCAUUGUUGUGACAUGGACACGUGUUUGGUGUGUGAGCUGUCCUUCUUGUUCCACAUGAUGGACCAAAGGAGCGGGAAUCAAUUAGUGCAGCCUCACAACUUCUUGAGGGCCUUGAGAAGCAACACUGAGGCCGUUGCCCGAGGCCUGGUGUUUCCUAAUUCGGAUUCCGUGACGGCCUCUAGCUCGAGAGACAUAAUUCAAGUGGUGCAAAAUUGCCACAAAUUUAUCCUUGAGAAAAUCGCCGUUACGACUAGGGACAAUGGCAGCAAUGCCUUCAAUCACAGUUGUGGCCUUGAGAUUGUGACAGAGACCAUCUGCACCAACUGCCAAUCGUGCAUCAGUGUCCAAUGUGGGCAACAAAUUGGGUGCGAUCUUGUUUAUCCUCAAGCUUCGACGAGAAUCUGCUUCGAAGACGUUUUGUGCUCCUCCCUUGAAUCCAGCAAACCAAUGAGAUCGGCCUUGUGUUCCCAAUGUGGCCAUUUCCAGCCCACCGAUCUGUCCCAUUUGGUGCAAUCUUUGCCAUCGUCACUGACGGUUUACACUGGAUGCAACGAGAGUGUAGCCAGUGCGUUUUGGGAACAACAAUCCGUGCACGUGGCCAAUGAAGCUGCUCUCAAGGUCAAUGUGUACGGUUCAAAAGUGGAUCAAGAUGGCGAUUUGUGGGACCAGAUGAGAGAACUAGAUGUUUCUUGGAUCCCUGAAUCGCUGAAGCUUCGAAGAUUGGCUGAUGGGACACUCAAGGGAGGAGCUAAAACUACGCUGAAUGAGGACGAGGAGCAAGUGGAAUACGAGUUGCAAUCAGUUUGCUUCACAAUUGUGGAUCCGCAGACUGGAAAAGCGACAAAUGUGGUGGCUGCAAUCAAAGUGGGGGCCUAUAAUUCAGCACGAUUGGUUUUGCCGGGGAGUCAAUGGUAUCUGUUCAACGAUUUCUCUAUUGAUCCGGUUGACAGUUCCGAGGCCACUUGGAUCGAUCUUAAUCUGAAGGUGCCGAGCAUUUUGGUUUAUCGGCGGGUAGAACGAAAUGAGGUCAGUGUGCCCUUCCAUCCACAACCUUCCCCGUCCAUUGGCUUGGACAUCUUCCAACCAUCCCAAGGUCAUGAGGGACCUCUGAGCUUCUGCCCCUUGGAUGAUAACGAAGUCCCUCGGGCUGGUGAUCUGGUGGCCUUGGAUGCGGAGUUCGUCAUUCUGACGCCAGAGGAAAAGUCUCCGGGGAGGAAUGGGCGACUGAUCACGGUCAAGGCUGCCGUGAGACUCGUGGGUAGAGUUACUUGCGUCCGGGGCUGGGGUCCGCGUCGUGGAGUGCCAUUCAUUGACGACCACAUUUCCUGCGAGGAGGAAAUAUCGGACUACGUGAGCAAGUACUCGGGGAUAUUUCCCGGGGACCUGGACCCCAUCCAGAGCUCCCACCACUUGACAUCGUUGAAGAGGACCUACAAGAAGGUGCGCCAUCUAGUGGACGUUGGAUGCAUCUUUGUGGGACAUGGGCUCAAAAACGAUUUCGAGAUGCUCGGGAUCGUUGUGCCCACAGGUCAAGUGGUGGACACGGUCCACCUGUUCCACCUGCCCCAUUGGAGGUUGUUGUCCAUCAAGUUCCUGGCGUGGUACUUUUUGGACAAGCACAUCCAAAAAGAGUGCCACAAUUCCAACGAAGAUGCGGGUGCUGCGUUGGAAUUGUACCAGAUCUACUUGGAUCUGGAGGCCCAGGGAACGAUGAAGGCCACUCUAGCCAAAGUCUUAGAUCAGGCUAGUUUGCUGAAUUGGAAGGUUCCUCAGCCUCAAGACAAUCAUGCAAUGUGCCUUGUGUAGGUUCCUUCUAUGAUGGAUCAUUCUGAUGUGAGCUCAAAAUAAAUGAUUCAUGUGUGGCAACUCAUUUCAAAUUGUACAUUAUUUUGUGGCUUUAAUCAAUUAGGAAAUGGCAAAGAGACGUUAAAUGAGA